AUGGAUACAUUUCAUCUACUUGACAUUCUACGUACCAAAUCUAACAAUUAUGCUCCUAUGAAAAUGGGUGUAUUAUUUCUAUACGGUGCCAUCUUAUGUUCUUCAAGCCCAAUUCCUAGUCUAUCAACUCCGUUUGGAGGAUCACCUGCUUCUACUACUCCUGACCUAAGCGUUACCAAUCCUCAAGGGACAACUCAAGCUGUCAAAGGCUAUACCAAUGUAGAGACCAAGCCAUUCAAUCCAAGUAGUUCAAGUGAUAAAACAAAUUCAGAUCUUACCACCCUAGCAGUUGAUGGACUCCAAACCGGAAAAUCACCAAACCUGACAUCCUCAUACUCAACCCCAGCCACACCAGUAGGAUUAGGGAUAGGACCAGAAGUAAUAACUGGAACUGAAUCUGGACCAAAGUCACAAUUAGAAUUGGGUUUGGGGUUGGGGUUGGGUUUAGGAUUAGGGUUAUCUGGAUCUGGGUCAGGAUCAGGAACAUCCAAUCCCAUGACUGGCUCACUAGGUGAUACUUUUAGCAAACUUGCAAGUUUGGUUGAAGAUAUAUUAGGUGGUAAUUCCGUAUCAUCAUCUGGAAAUGGAAACCCUUCAACUCCAUCUUGGUCUACAUCAAAUACUCGAGGUAAUUAUGGUUCAACCACUCUAGGAGGAAACCAAGGCGGAAGCAAUUCAUCAGUAGGAAACUCGGGCUAUGAUCAGUUAGGAUCAACUCCAACAUACCACACUCAAACUUCAAAUCCCUCCUUGAACAGUCUUUCAGGAACUACCUCUAACCCCUCAAACAGUCAAUCAGGAAAUCAAUAUAGCACAUCAAACAGUCAAUUAGGAAAUCAAUAUGGCACGUCAAACAGUCAAUCAGGAAAUCAAUAUAGCACGUCAAACAGUCAAUCAGGAACUCCAUAUACCCCAUCAAGUAUCACAGGACAACCAGAUGCCACAUCAAAAAAUCCUUCAUUACAGGUAGUAUAA